UCGAACAAUCUUGUCCAAUCAAUCAAAAUGUCAGCUGAAGAGUUUGUAGCAUAAAUAUUUGUGAAAACAUAAGUGGUUGUAUUUAUUUAUUAAUAAAAUUGGAAAUAUUUUAAUUUAUAUGCAUAAUGAGUGGCAAGCGUGAACACGAAGAAAAUGAUACGGAAGAUGACUGGAUUGGACCAUUACCUUCGGAAGCUGCACCGCAAAAAAAGCAACGAGUUUUAGAAUAUGAACAGGUAUACAUAGAUAACUUGCCAUGUUGCGAAUGUUAUGAGAAGUCUUAUAUGCACAGGGAUGUCAUUACUCAUAUUUUGGUAACAAAGACAAACUUUGUGAUAACGGCCAGUUGCGAUGGACAUGUAAAAUUUUGGAAAAAGCAAGAGGAAUUGAUAGAGUUUGUAAAGCAUUUUCGAGCACAUCUAAUGCCAAUACAAUCAAUGUCUACUAGUUGCAAUGGAGUUCAUAUGUGCUCAGUCAGUAUUGAUAAAACUAUAAAAAUCUUUGAUGUCAUCAAUUUUGAUAUGAUAAAUAUGAUAAAAUUGGACUUUGUGCCACUCUGUGUUGAAUGGGUAUACUCAGCUGGCGAUGCCAUAUCCGCUGUGGCAGUAUCUUCGCAAGAAUCAAAUAAAAUAUACAUCUACGAUGGUCAGGGAACAAAUACACCCUUACAUGUAUUUGAGAAACUACACACUAAACCUGUCGUCAUUAUGAAAUAUAAUUCUGUAUACGAGACAUGCAUUUCCAUUGAUAAAGCAGGAAUAUUGGAGUAUUGGACAGGUCCAAAGAUGAAGUACAAGUUUCCCAAAUGCACAUCGUUUGAAUCGAAGUUGGACACCGAUCUGUUUGAGUUUGCUAAAAACAAGACUUACCCGUGUGGCUUAGCGAUAUCACCUGAUGGCAAACGAUUUGCAUCCCUCAGUGGAGAUAGAAAGGUUAGGGUUUUUAAUUUCCAGACAGGCAAACUAUACAGGAUAUUUGACGAGACACUUCAAAGAUUUAGCGAAUUGCAACAAACCAUGCAACAACUUCCAAACAUGGAGUUUGGACGCAGAAUGGCAGUCGAAAGAGAAUUGGAUAAAACUGAGACGAAUCUAGGAAAUAUCAUUUUUGACGAAUCUGGUUAUAUUAUUUUAUAUCCUACAAUGCUGGGCGUUAAAAUGGUGAAUCUUUACACAAAUCGUUGUAUCAAAAUCAUGGGAAAGCCAGAAAACAUACGACCAAUGCAGCUGGCAUUAUUCCAGGGAAAAGCGAGAAAGACAACUGCUGCGUUAACCGUUGAAAUGGAGGCUUCUGAAAAUCCCACAAUGGAAAUGAACCGUCCUGAUCCGACGUUGUUUUGCACAGCUCAUAAGAAAAAUCGAUUCUACAUGUUCACGAGGCGAGAGCCAGAGGAUACAAAGAGCCAAGAAUGUGAUCGAGAUGUUUUUAAUGAGAAACCCUCCAAAGAAGAUAUUAUAUCUUCGACGGAAGCGACGAAUAUGCAGAAAAUAUAUGACACUGCGAUUCUUCAUACUGCGCUCGGCGACAUCCAUGUGAAUCUUUUCGGCAAGGACGUCCCUAAGACGGUGGAAAAUUUCUGCGUGCACGCGAAGAACGGCUAUUUCAAUGGUCAUAUAUUCCAUAGAGUUAUCAAGGGUUUCAUGAUACAGACGGGCGAUCCCACUGGAACCGGUACUGGCGGUGAGAGCAUAUGGGGAGGUGAGUUCGAGGAUGAGUUUAAACCAAACUUGAAGCACGACAGACCGUACACUUUAAGUAUGGCUAACGCGGGACCGAAUACGAAUGGUAGCCAGUUUUUCAUCACGCUGACACCGACGCCCUGGUUAGAUAACAAACAUACUGUAUUCGGCCGGGUUCACAAAGGAAUGGAAGUCGUGCAAAAUAUCAGUCAGCAAAUCCUCCCCGUGCAAUUCGCCACCACUUUCAUGCAGCGUAAUUCUACCUCCGAGGAUCGAAGAAGUUUCUUGCGAGCCUCCGCCUCGGAGACCGCCUUGCAUCCCGCCACCUCGAUGCUGCCCGAUAACACCUGGACCGUGUUGCCCGAUAACACCUGGACCGUGUUGCCCCAGUCCUAUCCCACUUUCGAUACUGCCAGCAACGUGUCUCCUGGAUCCGUUCUGUCCCCCUUGUAUUUCGUCACCAUAUUAUUUUUACCCAUAACAAAUUAAACAAUUCGAGGAACA